GGAAAGAGAAUUAUAAAAGUGUGUUUGGUGAAGCAAAUGGAGGAGACUUAUCAGGGGAUGUCUUUUGUGGGAGAGAACAGUCGUGGUAGUGGUGGUCUAGUACGUCCUCCUCAAGUGGUGAUGAAUAUGCCUAUAGUGACAUCUCAUCAUCACCAUCAUCAUCAAAGUGGUCAUCAUCAUCCAUUUAUAAAUCCUAAUCCUAAUACACACGCUGAUUUAAACACUAUUAAUACUCUUCUCCUCCCCACACCUUGCACUAAUAAUAGUAGCUCUUUCUCUUCCUCCUUUGUUAUGCUCUGCAACAACAACAACUUAAACAACAGCAACAGCAGCGACAACAAUACCGGGUUAAGCUUUGGCUGUUGUUUCAUGGACAUCGUCGACCACAACAUUAACAACACCGAUGGUAGUUCCUCUUCUUGUUCUCCUGUGAAAGCCAGGAUCAUGGCUCAUCCUCACUACCCUCGCCUCCUCGCUGCUUACGUCAAUUGUCAAAAGGUGGGCGCACCGCCGGAAACGGUGGCGAGGCUAGAUGAAGCAUAUGCGGCGGCGGUGGCGGCAAUGGGCCGCAGCGGAGGUGGGUCAGGCAGCACCGGCGAAGAUCCGGCGCUGGAUCAGUUCAUGGAGGCAUACUGUGAGAUGUUGACGAAGUACGAGCAGGAGCUUUCCAAACCCUUAAAGGAAGCUAUGUUCUUCCUUCAGAACAUCGAACGUCAAUUCAAAGCUCUCACCCUUGAUUCUCCGAUCAACUUUGGUUGUAAUGAGAUUGCUGAAAGGACUGAAUCAUCAGAAGAUGAGAUGGAUCUUGAAAACAGCAGAAUUAGCAUGAUCGAUCCGCAGGUGGAGGAUAAGGAACUGAAGGAUCAGCUUCUGAGGAAGUACAGUGGAUACUUGGGUAGUCUGAAGCAGGAGUUCAUGAAGAAGAGGAAAAAAGGGAAGCUGCCUAAAGAAGCAAGGCAACAAUUACUGGAUUGGUGGAACGGACACUAUAAAUGGCCUUACCCUUCUGAAUCACAGAAGCUGGCACUUGCAGAAUCAACAGGGCUGGACCAGAAGCAAAUAAACAACUGGUUCAUUAACCAGAGAAAACGUCACUGGAAGCCUUCAGAAGACAUGCAGUUCCUGGUGGUGGAUCCAAUGCAUCCUCCUCACUACUUCAUGGACAACGUUCUGGGAACUCCAUAUCCCUUGGAUUUCUCUCACACUAUGCUCUGAACAAAAUAUUAUUUAAAUAUGCCUUCUGCAUUUUUGCAUGAGGCUGAUAUUAUUAUUAUUAUUAUCCUGUAAUCUAUGGUAGCCGUGUUAAGAAUGAAGGCGUUAUAUUCACGAGUUCACAACUUCACUUGUUCACUUCUAAGCCCUAAACCUUAUUACUUAAUAGUAACCUGUAUUAUAGUGUGUGUGACUAUUUAUACGUUUUAUGUAAUCCCAGAUUGUUAUGGGAAAUAUGACGUCUAUGCCCAAG